UAGGAAUUGGAGCCGCUUUAAACCAGCCAGCGUGAAACAAGCUCUGCAUUUUUCUGUCAUUUCUCACAUUAUCUCCAUCUCAAGAUCUGCAGCCGACAGAGCGAACCAUAAGAGCAGAGCUUCAUGAUGGAUGCCAUCAAAUGUGUGGCUCUCCUAUUACUUGCACGCCUGUUCGCUGCAGUUUCAGGAGUCAGCCAGGGUCGUCGCUCAGACUUCGUCUUACUGAAGGACUCGUAUAUGUUCCCCUAUAACGCCAGCAUCUGCGAACACGCCGGGUGGAGAAAGAGUUUCCCUACAGACGCAGCGAUCGGCAGAUACAGGAAUCAGCUCUGCUCAAUUGAAGCUAAUUUUGGAGCAGAUUUCAGCUGUGUUGGAAACCAGCUGCUCCUCAAAAAGGCAAAGAGCACUGAUCUGGGCACCUACGUGUUCAUCUGUAAUAAGGCAGAAAAUCAACUUAAACUUGACGUUUUGUACGCUCUGAAGGUGAACGCAGUGGAGAGAGCAGACGUCACUUUAGACUGUACUGCUGCGCUCAGUGACAAAGACGUGACGUGGCUCUUCAAUAACGGGACAGCUCUCCAUUAUGAAAAGGGUGGAUUAAUAACCCCUGGGAAAGGCUUCGAGGGCAGAGUUUCGCUGGAGAAGGAUAGUUUCAGGACUGGCGAUUUCUCCCUGACCAUCACUAACCUCCGCAGCGCAGAUGAAGGGGUUUAUCGCUGUUUUGUGGACCAGGAGACCACUAAAGGAUACCCACACACAUACAAGCUGGAUGUUAACAAGAAUCCGGAGCAGACAGCCUGCCCCUGCACUGAAGCAUCUGAUCAUAAAACCACCACCACCAUCAUCAUUUUGGCUCUUAGCGUGGUCCUCUUGGCCAUCUGCCUUUUAGUUUUGGGGAUUCUCUAUUACAAAGCAUGCAGUCAGACUCAAAACCGUGAACCAGAUAAUACACCAACUUCUGAAACUGAACACACGCCGCUUAAUAACAACACAGCCAAUAACCACACUCCAUUAAUAGAGCUUUCUGUUCAGGAGAGCAGCACAAUGAAACCUGACAGCAGCGUUACUACAUUUUACACUGCAGAGUGAAGUCUGUAACAUGUCUGCCCUUAAUAAUCCAGCAUUACACCCUACGAUUAGCAUUCUGAAACUGAAUUUUAUUACUAUGUUUAUCUUAAUGAGAAUUUAUUUAUAAUUUUAUGAGAAACUGGACCUCGUUUACAUCCCCAUGACAGUACAUCUACAUUACCACAGCCAGCAUUCAGCUACAAAUAUAGCUCCCAUCAGCAUUCAAUAGAGAAGGGGUGGGGGAACAACACAGCAUACAGCACAGUGAUAAAUUAAUUCACUAGAUGGCGGUACAGUUCAGAGGAAAGCAAAUAGUUCAACCUAAAAUGAAAAUAACCCCAUAAUAAUAACAUUUGUGGGUUAAAUAUUCAAUUAAAGAUAAAAGGGAUACAGCUGCAGCUACUGGGCAUGAUGCACACAUCAGUACUGCACAAGUUUGAGACAUUGCUUAUAUUACUGUAAGGGAGAGGUUUAGGGUUGGGGUCGGUAAAGCACAAUGAAUCUUAUUCAUUCAUUCAUUUUCCUUCGGCUUAAUCCCUUUAUUUAUCAGUGGUCACCACAGCGGAAUGAACCGCCAACUAUUCCAGCAUAUGUCUUACACUUUGGAUGGCCCCACAGUGAAGAAAGUCCUGCCUUUCAAGCAAAAUGUGGACCAGUAUUGUAUUUCUUUCACCAGUGAAAACACUCAAAAGUGUUGGCCUUCUGUUCUUUAUUAUUAUUUACCAGUGUAUUAUUGUGUAUAUAUUUGCAUUACUGUGUGUCAAAUUCAAUGUACAAAUGUGCUUUAAUUUAUGCAGAAAGCUUUAAAUACAAUUGUCUGAUAUAAUACUAAUAUAAAUAAACUAUAAAACUGUGUGACAGAUAA